AUGCCGAUUUGGCCUCUUAGCAACACCAAGCACGCGACUGUCGAGCUCAACUCCGACAAUGAGGAUGUAAGUAGUACCAGGAGCAGCAGUAGUGGUAGUGACCACGGUGGCUCGGGUACGGACAGCAGUCGCUCCCGAUCCUACCCGGGGUAUCUGUCGGAUGGGAAGCCGGGAUCACCGCGAUUUCCGCUGCCGUGGUUCACCCCCGAGGAGCCACCGUCUCGAGCCCAGGACACGUCGCUUCACAUCAAUCACUUCACCGCUGGAGCGACACAGCGAGCUAUCGCGGCCCCAGCAGUAUGUAAACUCCUGAUGAGACCCCUCUCGCCGGCUGCGACCGUGCAGGCAACCCAUCAGCGCGUGCAGAGCGCACUGGAGCGGCCUCUACGUAGGGAGUAUGGCUCUGGCGUGAACACGCCGCGAGCUCUGUCUGUGCGCAGCAGCAGAGGCGGCUCAUUUGCCUUUGCUCCACAGGUGCUGGAAAAGUACAACACCAUGAACAUUCUCGUGAUAGGUGCACCUCAGGUGGGCAAGUCGCUCUUUAUCAACUUGUAUCGGGCUGCCAUCACGAACACGACGCGGUGGCCGGCUGCCCCGGUGGGCAUCUCUGGGUUCUACGGCACCACCGCAGUGGAGCCGUUUCCAAAUCACGCGCGGCAGCCGACAUGGCUUUGCAUCGAUACACCGGGUAGUCUCUAUACCGAGAAGCACGCGGUUCUCUUGGAGAAGCUGACACAGGGAAUGCCCUGGAAAACGAAAUUGAAGGGCCCGAAUGCUCUCACGCUCAGCCAAAUCAAAGACAUCUCCCCUAUCGCUGCCAACAAGGCGCAUCAGUGCAUUAUCGUCGUACCCGCCACAGACCUGAUCGAGGACGAGGGAUGGAUCAACACACUGCUGUGGCGCAAUCGAUACCGCCCUGCUGACGGCGUCGCCGACAUCGUCUUCUACCUCAAGGGCCUCAUUUCAUCCCUGCGCGCCAUCAUGGAUGAUGCAUCGCCGUCUGUUGUUGUAACCAAGAUGGAUAAAGUUGGCGGAGCAGGCAGCAGCGGUGCGUGCGCUGCUCUCAUUUCCAUUCUCGGUCAGUGCGUGCCCGUGAAUCGCGUCUACUUCACGGCAGCCGUCGAGAAUCGAGCGCUCCUCGCUACGGGGCGUACCAUAGUUCUGGAAAGCAGCACCAAACAGAAUCUGGUGCGGCUGCACGAGGACAUCUGCCUCGCCGUGCAGUGGCACAAUCAAAUGGAUGCCAUGUAG